UGUCAAAAUUAAAUUUAAUUAAUUAUUUGGUGUACCUGCUGUAAUUGUAUCACAGGUAUCCUUGCGGAAUAUUAUUUGUUACAACGUUUUCACGUUAAAAUAAUUUUAUAUGUCUACAGUAGUUGAAGACAAACGUAAUUCAAGUCAUCAUAGUAUAAUUAAUAAAUUACAAAUUGAUUGUUUUUAAUAUGCCAGAAAACGAGGUACAGUUAAAUCAAAACCAACCUAUUAAUGAGAAUGCAGAAACUGAAAAUGCGGUCAGUCAAGCAGAGCCAGAAAGGCAACCUUCCAGAUUUCAAUCAUUUGUAUCUAUUUUAAAGCCAAUACUUGUUCGUAUUUUAAUAAUUUAUUUUAUAACGUCUUUUUUUCGACUCCGUUCUCCACCACCUACAACAGUAAAUGUAACUGGAACACCAGGCAGUGAAUCAGGUGUGGGACCAGCAAAAAACUUAUUUCCAAAUGGAACAAGAAUGUCUCUUUUUGUGUACAUAACAGAAAACGAAACUAAUGAAAAUUUUCAUGUAGAAAAUUUAGUGUGGGUGAAGAAAAACUUAAUAUAUGGAGACUGGACUUCAGGGGAAAACAACGAUGGCAUUUAUGCACAUGAAACCGAAAUUCCAAUUACACAGCAUUUACAAAAUAAUGGUUCUCUAUAUCUACAUAGUUACAUUACCAAACUAGGUGAAUCACCUGACCCCAAAUCACAAGAUUAUGGAAGAAAUAAAAUUUUAUAUGCUAAAUAUCAAUUGAAUAAGUUUAAGAAACUUAAAUCAAAGUCUACUAAAAAUUUAAUUACUGGGCAAAGUGAAGAACCUAAAAUAGUUGAUGAAAAAAUUGUUUCACAUUGGCAUCCAAAUAUAACAUUGAACAUAGUAGUUGACUUUACUGGGUGGACCUAUGGUACAGUGCCUACACCAUUAGAUGAAUAUAUUAAAUUUACCGAUAAUGGGAGAUUGUACAAGCCAGUAUUAUUUCCAAAUGAUUUUUGGAAUCUUGCAAAAGAUUAUAAGCCACUUAAUGAAAGUUUAAAGUUCCACAUAACAUUUCAACCAAUCUCUUUAUUCAGGUGGCAAUUGUAUGCUGCCCAAAAUCUCCGUCAUAAAUGGAGUAUGUGGGAUGAAAAUGAAACAGAUAAUGAUGAUGAACAAGACACCUUAAAGCAGACAUUGUUGGAAACAAACCCCUAUUUAUUAGCUCUUACUAUAGCUGUCUCAUUAUUACAUUCUGUUUUUGAACUGCUUGCUUUCAAAAAUGAUAUUCAGUUUUGGAAUAAUCGCAAUUCUUUGGAAGGUCUUUCAGUCAGAUCGAUCAUUUUUGGAGUUUUUCAAUCCUUAAUUGUUCUAUUGUAUGUAUUAGAUAAUGAUACAAACAUGUUAAUCCGUAUAGGGUGUUUUGGUGGAUUGUGUAUCGAAUUAUGGAAAAUUACCAAAGUAAUUGAUAUAAAAAGGGUAGAUGGCAAAAUUAAAUUUCAAAACAAAAGUUCAUAUAUAGAGAGCAGUACUAAAACCUAUGACGAUCUCGCAUUUAAAUAUUUGUCGUGGGUCUGCUUCCCGCUACUUUUAGGAUAUGGAGUCUAUGCUCUAAUUUACCUUGAGCAUAAGGGAUGGUAUUCAUUCAUUUUAGAUAUGCUGUAUGGAUAUCUUUUAACUUUUGGUUUUAUAAUGAUGACCCCACAGCUUUUUAUAAAUUAUAAACUCAAAUCAGUCGCCCAUCUUCCAUGGAGAAUGUUAACUUACAAAUUUUUAAAUACUUUCAUUGAUGACAUGUUUGCUUUUGUAAUAAAAAUGCCAACGUUAUACAGACUAGGAUGUUUCCGCGAUGACAUAGUAUUCCUUGUUUUCUUGUACCAAAGAUGGAUUUAUCGUGUAGAUAAAACAAGAAGAAACGAAUUCGGUUAUGCCGCUGAGCCCCUAGAAGAAUCUGUUCAAAAUCAACAAAAAAGUAUUCAAGAAAAAACCGCAGAAGAGAAGAAAGAACAGUAACUAAUAUAAUUCCUUAAUAUAAAUAAUAUACUGAAUUAUUUGUUGUAGUGUUAUGUAUUUAUUGUUAUCAGUGAUAGUGAUUGUUUGUAUAAUUCCGGCAUAAAAGCACAACAAUAAAAUCUAUGUAAAUGUUCAAAAAGAUGAUUUAUUUUAGCAUAAAAGGUAAUGUAACCGUAUAAAGGAUCUUAUUUGUAUUUUACACAAUUCAGCUAUAUCUAAACAAUUCCUAAAAUAAGAACAAGGUCACAAAACGAAUAUUUAAUUAAUGCUACUUAAAAAAAAAAAA